AUGCCUGCUGUGGUCGCCCCUCCCCUCACUGCCCCUCCCCUCACUGCCCGUCCUCACACUGCCCCUCCCCUGCCCCUCCCCUUACUGCCCCUCCCCUCACUGCCCCUCCCCUCACUGCCCCUCCCCUCACUGCCCCUCUCGCCCCUUCCCUCACCGCCCCUCCUCCCUCUCAGCCCUGCCACCCCUCGCAUGCUCCCCUCGCACUCUCUUCGCCACAUUGCUCCUUACUCGUUACUUCCCUCCCUCCCUCAAUCGAUCCCCUUUCCCCAUCCAAACCCACUCCAUCUGCACCCGGUGCGCUUCCACGUGGAGCAGCACGCCAAGUGUGUGGGCCACGACCUGCGCCAACACACGCUCGUCGCCGCCUCCUACGCCGCCGUGCCCACCAGCCACCCGCACCCCUUCAUGCUUGACAUCUCCGAAAGUGCUGCCACCCACUGCACGUCCCCUCUCCACAUCCUUGCACGUCCCCUCUUCACAUCCUUGCACAUUCAUGCGGAUACACCCAUCCAUGUGACCUCCCCGGGCGGCAUUCACGUGUAUUUGAAGGAGGGGGUGAGCGAGGGGCAGCUGGGGUUCACAGCAGAGGAGAGCGGCGAGUACCACCUGUGCUUCUGGCUUAAUGGCCACCACGUGGGGCGCCAUGACGAGGCGCGGCAGCAGGUGGAGGUGGCGUGGCGUGAGGGGCAGGCGGCGUCACACAUGCAGCAGGCCGCCACCAAGGAGAGGGUGGAGGUAGGGGGGUGUGUCUGCGCACUCGCCAUGCCUGCACUCGCCAUGCCUGCACUCGCCAUGCCUGCACUCGCCAUGCCUGCACUCGCCAUGCCUGCACUCGCCAUGCCUGCACUCGCCAUGCCUGCACUCGCCAUGCCUGCACUCGCCAUGCCUGCACUCGCCAUGCCUGCACUUGCCAUGCCUGCACUCGCCAUGCCCGCACUCGCCAUACCUGAUUCGAAUGCUUCCUCACAGCAGUUUCUGCUAUGUGACGACGCUGUGCUGUGA